AUGGAGUGGUGGAGUGAAGCAUCCGAGUGGCUCCCAGUCCUCUCUAUCUUUCAGGCCCAGGUGACGGAUGAUAGAGAGCCACAGAAAUCUCCAGAUCCAUCCACUGCAGAGGGAUCCUCAAGCGCAGCUCAGGUGGAAUACCCACGGCAGCUCACCCAGCCGUCUGUCAUUUCCAACAUUGUCCUGAUGAAGGGGCAGAGCAAGGGCCUCCGAUUCACCAUUGCAGGAGGGCAAGAUUCUGCCCAAGGACAUAUGGGCAUUUUUGUCAAGACAAUUUUUGCAAAUGGAGCUGCAGCAGCUGAUGGGAGAUUAAAAGAAGGUGAUGAACUCCUGGCAGUUAAUGGACAAUCUCUGCAAGGGCUGACCCAUCAGGAGGCCAUUCAAACAUUUAAACAACUCAAGAAAGGGGUGGUCACUCUAACAGUAGGGACAAGACUCCAAAGCCAAAGCCUCACCCCGUGCCCAGAUUCUCUGUGGCUGAAGCAAUCCACUUCCCUAACAUCAACUCCUGGUGGAGGAUCUCGUUUAUCCAGUGGUGAAGAUGGAUGUGGUCCUUCCUCCGGUCGAAAGGGGCCUGGACCGAAGGACAGAAUUGUCAUGAAAGUGACACUCAAUAAAGAGCCAGGAGUUGGUCUGGGUAUUGGUGUUUGCCAUCUUGCCCUGGAGAACAGCCUUCCAGGGAUAUAUAUUCACAGCCUGGCACCAGGAUCUGUAGCCAAGAUGGACGGCAGGUUAAGCCGUGGUGACCAGAUCCUCGAGAUAGAUUCAGUCAAUUUACAUCAUGCAGCCCUGUGUGAAGCUUAUGCCAUUUUGAGUCAACGUGGUGCAGGCCCAAUUAGUUUGAUCAUUAGUCGCCAUCCAAAUCCAAAGAUUUCUGAACAAGAGAUGGAUGAGGCCAUAACACGCACCACUCAAAGAGAGAACAAGGAUGCCUCUUCCUCUCACAUCACAGAUCCCAAGUCACCAACCAAGCCAAAGAAGCAUGAUCAAGUCUCUAGGUUAAGUUCAGAAAGAAGUGGAACUCCAAAAAAACGCAAAGCCCCACCACCACCUCCAGUCAGUCCUAUCCAGCUUAGCGACCUGUCCUCUCCACAUUCAGCAACUUCCACCCCAUUAUCCGGGAAGGGCCAGCCUUUCUUUGCCGAACAGGGAUCCAAGGUACAUUGUUCAGUCUAG